AUGCCCGGCCCAGCCGCGCUGGGGGAGCGUCGGGAAGGGGGGGGGUCUGCAGAGCCGAGCUCGCAUCGGGGCGGGGGGAGCUGCUGUUACCCCAGGAACGACCCCCCGGCCUCGCCCGCAGGAUGGGGAUGGGAUGGAUCCGCCCUGAACCCUCCUGUCCCCCAAAACGCCCCCCGAUCCCUCCGAUCCCUCGGGCGGAGCCGCGCCCGCCGCAGGACACGGCGCAUCCAGGGCCGGGGGCAUCCCCGCCGCGGGGAGGGGGCGCAGACCGGGGCCCCCCCGGUGCAUCCAACCCCCCGCAAGCCCCCCAACAACCGCACCCCGAUCCCUCCCGGCCCCACCGCGCAUCCCCCUCCCCGCUUUCCCCCAUGCCCGGAGCCGCGGGGGGCUCGGGGGGCGCGGGGGGCAGGUGCGGCCGUACCUCAUCCCCGGCGGUGCGGAGCGGUGCGGGCGGUGCGGGGCCGUGCGGGGCGGUGCGGGCGGUGCGGAGCUGGGCGAGGCUCCGGCGCGGCCCCGAGCAGCCGCAUCCCGCCCCCGCCCCCCCGCUCUCGGUCGGGAUUUUCCAGCGGCGCCGCCGCCGCCGUUAGAGGGCGGCACCGGGGGCUCCCCGCGCCCCCCCGGCCUGUGCGGGGCGGGGGGAAACGGGACCCGCCGGGAGGGCUCCGUUCCCCUCCAUCCGCCGCUUUUAGAGCCUCCGCACAAACGCCGGGAUCUGUCCCGUCCCCGUGUCCCGGGAUGCACCUGCCGCUCCCGACCGGACCGGUCCCUCCAGACCGAACCCGUCCCCUCAAACCGAGCCGGUCCCUCCAGACCGAGCCGGCCUUUCCAGACCGAACCGGCCCUCCCGACCGAAUCUGCCCCCCCCGAGCCGCCCGGUGCCGCCCCCAUCUCCUUGGGGAGCCACUCAAGGGGCGGCAGCACCGGCUGAGCCCCGAGAACCCCCCGGGAUGA